UUGACAACGCUGAAAUUAAGGUUUUCUCGUAGCUCAGAGCAAAAGCAGUCGAAGAUGCAGCUAUUGUGCGUUUUGAUGCUGGUGGUCUGCACCGUGUUUGCUGACGACGACGACAAGAGGGAGAAUGUGGGGACUGUCAUUGGAAUUGACUUGGGGACCACCUACUCAUGUGUUGGUGUCUUCAAGAAUGGCCGUGUGGAGAUCAUUGCCAAUGACCAGGGUAACCGCAUCACCCCUUCAUAUGUGGCUUUCACAAGUGAGGGUGAGCGUCUGAUUGGUGAUGCUGCAAAGAACCAGUUGACCUCUAACCCGGAGAACACCGUCUUUGACGCCAAGCGUCUCAUUGGCCGCGCUUGGGGCGACUCCUCUGUGCAGCAAGAUAUCAAAUACUUUCCCUUCAAAGUAACUGAGAAGAAAAGCAAGCCUCAUAUCCAGGUCGACAUUGGAGGUGGUCAGAUGAAGACAUUUGCCCCUGAAGAGAUUUCUGCCAUGGUGCUGACCAAAAUGAAGGAGACUGCUGAGGCUUACCUGGGCAAGAAGGUCACACAUGCUGUGGUCACUGUCCCUGCCUACUUUAAUGAUGCUCAGCGCCAGGCCACUAAGGAUGCUGGAACCAUUGCUGGUUUAAAUGUCAUGAGAAUCAUCAAUGAACCAACUGCAGCCGCCAUUGCCUACGGCCUGGACAAGAGGGAUGGGGAGAAGAACAUUCUUGUGUUCGAUCUGGGUGGAGGCACCUUCGACGUCUCUCUGCUGACCAUUGACAACGGCGUGUUCGAAGUGGUGGCCACCAACGGUGACACUCACCUGGGCGGUGAAGACUUUGACCAGCGCGUCAUGGAGCACUUCAUCAAGCUGUACAAGAAAAAGACCGGCAAAGAUGUGCGCAAAGACAACCGUGCUGUGCAGAAGCUGCGUCGUGAGGUCGAGAAGGCAAAGAGGGCUCUGUCUGCCCAGCACCAGGCCCGCAUUGAGAUCGAGUCCUUCUUUGAGGGAGAGGACUUCUCUGAGACACUGACCCGUGCCAAGUUUGAAGAGCUGAACAUGGACCUGUUCCGUUCCACCAUGAAGCCUGUACAGAAAGUGCUGGAAGAUUCUGACCUGAAAAAGUCUGACAUUGACGAGAUUGUGCUGGUCGGAGGCUCCACCCGUAUCCCCAAAAUCCAGCAGUUGGUGAAGGAAUUCUUCAAUGGCAAAGAACCAUCCAGAGGCAUCAACCCUGACGAGGCUGUGGCAUAUGGAGCCGCUGUGCAGGCCGGAGUGCUCUCUGGAGAGGAGAACAUGAAUGAUGUGGUUCUUCUGGACGUUUGCCCCCUGACCCUUGGCAUUGAGACUGUUGGAGGAGUAAUGACCAAGCUGAUCCCAAGAAAUACUGUGGUGCCAACCAAGAAGUCUCAGAUCUUCUCUACAGCCUCUGAUAACCAGCCAACUGUCACCAUUAAGGUUUAUGAAGGUGAGCGUCCUCUGACAAAGGACAACCACCUGCUGGGCACCUUCGACCUGACGGGCAUCCCCCCCGCCCCUCGUGGUGUUCCCCAAAUCGAAGUCACCUUUGAGAUUGACGUCAACGGUAUUCUGCGCGUCACUGCUGAAGACAAAGGCACCGGCAACAAGAACAAGAUCACCAUCACAAACGACCAGAAUCGCCUGACCCCCGAGGACAUCGAGCGCAUGGUGAACGAUGCCGAGCGCUUUGCCGACGAAGACAAGAAGCUGAAGGAGAGGAUUGACGCCCGCAACGAGCUUGAGAGCUACGCCUACUCCCUGAAGAACCAGAUCGGAGACAAGGAGAAGCUCGGGGGCAAACUGUCGGAUGACGACAAGGAGGCCAUCGAGAAGGCAGUGGAGGAGAAGAUCGAGUGGAUGGAGUCGCACCAAGACGCCGACCUGGAAGAAUUCCAGGCCAAGAAGAAGGAGCUGGAGGAGAUUGUUCAGCCGAUCAUCAGCAAGCUGUACGGCAGUGCAGGCGCUCCCCCACCCGAGGGUGCCGAGAGCGAGCAGGACAAGGACGAGUUGUAG